CUGCAUCAGAUCGGCCGGCUGGUUCAAGUUUCGCGUUCGUUGGAUUCGGAAGUCAGUCGCAGUUGUGUUGGUCCCGCGAGGCCGAUUUGCAUUCGCCGCGCCUUUUCUCGCGUCCCCUCAACCGACCUGACAGUGCCCAAGACCCUGAUUCAGGGUAUUCUCGAGUGUGUUGCCCAAAACCACCUGUUCGCGGGACGGUUAAUCCCCCGAGCCGUUACUCGUGAUUUGCAUCCCGAGUCGGCGGCUUGAGAUGACCUUUCGUCCUGCGCCAGGACCUACCCUGACUGAUAUUAACUGAGCGAAGACUCGUUUUGCGAGACUUUGAGCAGCGCCGGCGACGUCGCGAUGGCGCCGCCACCCUCGAAACUUCACCCCAACGGCAGCGCCCUGCUGAUGCGGCUGGUCACCGAGGACACGCCCCCAGACAUGUUGGCAGGGUCCAUGGACCUGCGAGUCACCCUUCCCAACGGCACCACCGUCAAAAUGAGCGUCGAGAGAAGCACCCCGAUGAUGGACCUGCUGAUUCAGAUCACAACGGCAAACAAAGUUUCUCCUGGAGACUACAUCCUUCAAGUGUUGGGUGACAAAGGAAUCCUGCCAUACAAACCAAGCACCCCUAUAGGUGCUUUGGACACCCUGAGCAUUCGAGUGGUGCCUCGUCACUCGACGGCCAACAACAACCCGCACAACAACUCGCUGAACCGAAAGCGGAUUCCGCUGAUCAACUCGCUGAUUGGCCAGCAACAGCCCUUCGAACAGACUUUCCGGCUGCAAGUGCACCUUCCUCGCAACCAGCUUUUUGUGGCCAGGCUCAGCCCCAGGACGUCCCUUGCUGAAAUUUUGGUUCACGUCUGCGAGGAGAAAAACCUCGACCCCAACAAGUACGAGCUGCGACAUCCAGUGAACACGGACCAGAGUCUGCAACUGUCGCUGUGUCUGGCCGACUACAAGAUCACGGAAAUCGUGGUGGUGCCGCGUGGCUCGCGACCUUCGACCGAACUCUCCUCGUCGGACAUUCCGGCCCUGCAGAGGAGCAACAGCGAACAACGAAACGGAUCCUCGGCCACUUCUUCCGGCAGCGGAAGUGGAGGAGUCUUGUCCAUCCUCAAACGCAACAAAUCUGAUGGCAAUCGGGAGGGCAGCCUGAGCGGAGACAGUCUCGGAGGGCGCAGCAGCUCGCCGGCCAGGUCGGACGAAAGUCUCAGCCGAUCCAUUUCGCCACCAGCAGGCAAAAUCAUGGACAGACAGAACAUGGCGCCGCCGCCGCCGGUCAGACACCGCAAGGGACGCGCACCAAAGCCCCCCGCAGCCCCUUCCGUGCCAGCAGUCGAGGUGGAAGAAGCGACCAGCAAGCCUGCCGAACCCAAGAGAACCACUGCUCUGGUUAUUUCGCACUCGAGAAAUAGUUCUGACAGCAGCGGAUACCACGAGGCCUCUGUCCUCAGCGACACCCCCGACAACCUCAAUGGCCACUCCACCAGUCCCUCGGACACAAUAAACCGCAAAUCAAGUAAAGCCGCCCCCACCACCUCCAGCACCGCCGCCGGUGCAGCCGCCGGCAAGUUGCAGUACUCGCUGUCCAUGUCCGACGUGUCCAAGACGGACGCCCCCGGCAGAAUGAGCAACGCCACCUCCACCAGCUCGCUGAGCAACAAGAAGAAAAAGGCCCCCGCGCCGCCUCCGGCCGUGCCGCCCCCGAGCGCCCUGCCCAGUAGGUCUAGCAGUAGGAGCAGUAGUGUGCUAGAACCCUCAGUGUGCAUGCUUGAUAACCCCGUAGUAGAGGCAGAAGCGUCGCCCCUUAACCCACCUGUCCCGCGUGCACGCAGACUGACCCCGGAUGCGGCCUCGCCGACCCCACCCCCCAUCAGGCCCCGGAAGCCGCGCCUGCCCCGUCCCGAUUCGGGGCUCCUGUUUCGGCGACAGGCGUCGUCCAACUCGCUGGUGGGCAGCGUCGGCUCGUCGACGGGCAGUUUCGUCUUCGGCGUCGGCCGCAGCGUCCUCUCCUUCAACGUGAACAGCGAAAACGGCUCGGAGAACACCUACGAGGACAUCGACAACGACCUUGACCUGAGUCUCUUCGAAGGCUCCACAGGUGGCAGCACUAUCAGAACCACUGACAUUCUUCUGGAGGAGGAUGAAGAGUACGCCAACUUCCACAACUCCCUGCUGAGCGAGCAGAAGAGAAAUUCGCUGACCAAAAUUUUGAACGAGGAUAAUAAUAAUAAUAAGAAAAAACCGAGCAGAAAAAAGGCGCCGGCACCGAAAGCGCCGAAGAACAUCGGACACAGGCGCCGACCCAAAUUGGGAGAAAUCGAAUGGGAGACUCAAGCUGAGGAAGAUAUUAAAGUUGAGGAAUUGAAGUCUUUGGACUUUGAGAAGGCGAAACCAGGGAAAAAGGCGAAAAUCGUCGAAACCAGUUCGAGGGAUUUCAUGCUGACCUCGCAGAGAUCGACCCUUUCUGUGCAAAGUCUCAGAUCAACCCACGACGAGUUCGGAUUUCCUUUGGCCAACGAUUAUGAGGAAGUUGGUCACUCGACUGACGAGCUGGACUUGGACCUAGACUUGUUCGCCAUGACUAACCAACCUCACGCUAAUAGUGGUGCUCAAGAGAGCGCAGAAAAACUCCCUGCCAAAGACCUGCCAUCCCCCGCAGAACCCGUUACUGUCCGGACUGAAAACGGCCAUAUGGACAACGGGAGCCAUUGCGAGGAGGAUCUGGAGGUGCAGGUGCAGAGCAUGGACGUUGGCAAGGCGGAGUCGGAAUACGCUUCUGAUGACGAGGACGACCUUGACAGUGCCUUCCAGAGCGUCACUGACGUCCUGGAGAAGCAGCUGGAGGCGGAAGAGCGACUUUUGAAGCAGCAGAAAAUCGUCCAGGUGGAAAAUGAGGAAGACCUUUCGAAAACGCCUAGUCCUGCACCCCAAGUCGAGGAGGUUGAGGAAAAUAUUAAAGAGGAAGACCCGCGGCUGGUGCAGGAAAGGCUGGGCAAGGAAAAACUGCUCAAAGAGUUGGAGGUGAAAAAGGCGUUGCAUGAAAAGCAGAGGAUGGAAAUUGAGCGGCUGCAGAAGGAGCAGCAGGAGCUCGAAUUGGCGCUCAAGAAAUUCGAAAUGGAGUCUCAGAAUGAGGAGAAAAAGCAGGACUCGAUUCCAAUCUCACCAGAGCCAUCUGAUAUUCCUGACUGGGAGUACAAAUUGCCAGCACCACCGACUGCUUUCCGAGAUUCAAAGGAAACCGCCACUCCUUCAAAUACACCAGAGGAGGAAAAGAGAAGACUUUCGUUUGAUUUGAAGCCAACAGAAGUUGAAAAAGAAACACCAAGAAUAGAAAUUGUGCCUCCUCUGCCUGACAUCAUAAUCCAGCAGCCGGACAUUUUGAUAGACCAACAGGAAUCAGUGCAUGAGGAAGAGGAAGUUAAAAGAUUUGUGGAGGAGGAAGAUCCUGAGAUGAGGCCGAAGCCACCUGCCAUCGUGGAUGUGACCAUCAAACCUGCUGUGGUGAGUGAGUUGCCGAAGAGGAGGAGCGCCUCUCCACCCAGGGUCACCAUCAUGCCCCUCAGGGCGGCCCACUCGCUCUGCAGCCUUGUCUACGACCACAGGGACAACAAGCAGCAGGACGAGGAGGAGGUGCCGAGGAGGGGGUCUGGCUCGGACAGUGACAGCGACAGGGUGCUCAGUCCGCUGAGGAAGACCACCAGCGUGGACGACGUUUCCAAAUCAACUGCUCAAAACGAAGCGCCCGUCCAGGAAGAGGAGCAGCGCCUGCAGCAGCUGCAACAACAACUGCUCACCUGGCAAAAGCAACUCAUCACCAACCAGAGCGUCCUUCAGGAGCACGUCGACAUGCCUCUUCAGUCCCUACAGGUGCUGCGCGAGAUUCUGCCUCAGAUGAAGCAGAAGCUCGAAGAAGACGCCAUGAACGGCACCUCGACCACCACCAUCACCGAAACAAUCACUUCCAGGUCAAGCACGCUUCCGCGUGGCGUUCGGUCUUUGGACAUGGAGGUGAGCGACCCUACCGUGUACAGGGGCAGCAACACCCUUGAGAGGCGGACGGUGGUGACGUCGUCGAGCUCGAGCAGCGUCCAGCAGCGGUUCCGCCCGCCCACCAUCAACCUGGGCACCUGGAGCGAGCGGCCCAAGAGCGAAAUCGCCCUGAAGCAGGACUCGGACUACAGGGUGGGCGUCGGGCAACUGCAGGCCAGGGCGGCACCCAUCGUGCGGCAGGCCGAGCCCAAGCCCAAGGAGACGCUCCACCUGCUCGGCUCCAACGGCGACCCCGUCACCAGGAGCAACUCGUGGCGCGUCCUGCAGCAGCCGCCCUACAAGUCCAGCGUCACCAUUCACAGUCUUGCCACUGAACAGGUACCAAAAGUCCGAGCGAGCAACAAGCCGACGGUGAUCCUUCGUCAGAACCCUCCCGCCUCGUACCACCAGUCGUUGGAGCAGCAAAGCGAAUUUGCCGCCCCCAAGGGCCCCCAGAAGCGGUACACCACCCUUGUGGGGCUGAACGGCGCCCCCCAGCCCACCCAGGUGACCCAGCAGCACCAGCCGGUGGUCAUCGCCCAGGUGGCCCCCAGCGUCAAGGGCUUCGCCGCCCCCAGCAGCAACGCCCCAGUUAAAAUCUCACCCCUGACCGCCCCCAAGCCGACGCCUGUGCCGCCUCCGCCGCCCCCUGCCCAACAACUACAGCAACCAAUGGUGAUCAGACCGACGGCGCCGCCCAAGAAGAAACUGCCCGUGCAGACCAGCGAGGCCCCCAGGGACCAACUCAUGGACGCCAUCAAGAAUUUCGGCGGCAGGAGCAACCUUCGAAGGGUGAGGUCCACGCAGUAGAUUUUCUUGUGUGAACUUUGAUUUGAUCCGAGGCAGCAUCUUUCUUUGGCUGCAUAUUUUAUUUCGUCAUUCGCUCCCACGGCGAAAGUGAAACAUGGAAAGCCGUGACGCCCCCAGUACGAAUUUGCUGUGGAACUUCCUUCGCUUUAGAAGAGAGAAACAAAGAAGUCCUUCUACCGUCUCUAACUCCGCCAAGUAUAAUCCCCAGUUUUAUAUGUAUCAAUUGCUCAGCAUGUAUCCAUGUGAUAUGCGGAUAGAUUUAGCAAUAAUAAUUAACUACUACUGUAAUUGGUCUGCAGGUAGAGUCCCGCGCGUUUGUAAAUACAUAAUCAAUUUAAAAAAUGCAACGAAAAUAUAUUAAAAAAUGUGCCUGGUUAAAUCUUUUACAAGUUUACGAAAUUUCUUAUAAUUAGUUCAUUUCAUCGACGACUAUAAUGAGAGAUAAUUAAUUCGCAAUCCCAGGAAAAUAUAUUAAUUUUUAAUUGGAAUGCAAAAAAUUAAACUUUUGUGAUCCAGCAGGGGUUAUAAUUAUUAUUAUUUGAAGUCGUCAGUUUUGUGUUAAUUGUAAAACCUCUUAAAUAUCUGUCAAUACUUAAAAUUUGUUAUUAUUCAUCAGGUGUGCAAUUGCGGAAAACUAAUACUUAUAAUUAUAUUAUAUGUUGUGAUGAGUGAGAAAUAUAUGAUAUGAGAAGCAGUGCUUGCGAUAAAAUACAUUACAUAUUGUAA